AUUCCUUUUUCCUUCCUUAUUCCGGGCGGAAUUGGAUUAAACAAAUAGGUCGCAGGAGAUAAAGAAGGAAGGGGAAAAGCGUGGACGAUAACGAUCAAUCGUCUUCCUCUUUCAGAAUUCUCGGCAGAUCUCUGCAAUUUUCCCAUGCUGUUAGAGUUUCGUCUCAAUUAGAAGCAAAUCCAUGGAAACCGAGGUCUCUUGCUCUACUCAUGAUACCGAGAGCAAAGUAAAUCGCGUCGAUUUGGAUAGUAUUCGUGUCAAGCGGAAGACGUUGCAGAAUCUGCUCGAGGAUUGCCAGAGAGCUCUUGAGCUGCUAAACCUGGCCGAUACUAGUCCUGGCGGCGAUGAUAUCGGAGGUUUCCAAGACGAUAACAGCGACCGCGUUGGCCAGCAGAGUGACUCACCGGACAGCGACGAGUUUUCUUCUUCCGAUCCUGGAGAUCCUGAAGCCGAUAAAAAUUUGAUAUCUGAGAGAGGUUAUGAGAAUUUAAAAGCUUGUGGCUGGAUCCAUGAUUCUGUGACCUGUUUUCUUGCGCAGUUCUAUGAUCUCAUCAAAUCUAGAGUUGAAUGUCAGGACUUUCGUGAAAAGAUAGAAUUAGCCCAAGUUUCAGUUUCCCAAGAUCUUGCUGAGGAUGGUAGCUCUUGGGACGUAGUUAGUGAAGAAGAUAUAUGGGGCGAGGGAACUAUGGGUCAAACGGAAGAAGAUUAUGUGGUUGUUAGGGAAGAAGAUAUAGCAGACGGUAUUGCGUGUUUCAUGGCUACAUAUUUAUCAUCACUUAAGCAAACAAAGGAUAUAUCACCUGAUCAGCUUCAGAAAGCACUUAGCACGAUGUUUUCAGUGAAGAAGAGAAAGGGGAAGCUUCGAAAAGCGUGGGAGGGAAGUAAAGUUAUUUACAACGUAGCAUCAUGGAGCGCAACUGCGAUAGGGAUAUAUCAGAACCCGAUGAUCCUGAGUAUUGCAUCCAAAGCCUUCUGGGUGUCUUGCAAGGCUAUAUCAAAGCUUGUCUGAAGCGAAGACACAUCUCACAUGGUGCUCAUAAGUUACAGCAGCCUCUACUCAGCAAUGUUUUGUAUCAUUUAAUUUAUAUCUGUACAAAUGCCAUUUGUUGCUUCUUCUCUGUGAUGUUAUCCUCAACAUGCAAUCUUAAAAAUUAGUUUGAUCUCAAUUUGAUUUUCGUGUUUCUGAA